AUGGCAGAGUAUUUUGCCUCCACUUAUUUGAAGAUUCACUACUACAAAAAGGAAAAAGACGACGGGAAUUCACCGUCGUGUAUUCGGUUUUCAAACCGUCGUGAAAUCGACCAACAUCUAUUUGGGUGUCAAACUACGACGGCUUUUCACUGUCGUUGUUUAUCUGGAACGACGACGGUUUUUAAAGAAAAUCGUCGUUAUUUAGAGGUAAAGAUCGUUAAUUAUAGGAGAAAAUACGACUAUUUCUAA